CGCGGAGAUGCAAGAUUCAACGACAUGUGGAACUCCGACCCGAAUGUCAGGCCACCGGCAAUGAGCCAUGUUACGGGACGCCCGGUUUUUCUGUGGAGGCCAGCGGCCAUGAGCGGUCCGCACACAUCGUCGACCAUUGAGAAGCCUGAUAUUUGUCAAUUGUAAACGUCGUCCCGUGGAAAUGGUGCUUCUUUGUCCUGGGAAAUAAAUACUGCCCGAGUCUCCCGCUUCUGAAACGGAAGAGAGAAGAGAAAAAGUAUCACUAUCCAGACAUCAGACUUCAGACUUUCGUCACACAGACAAUAAGAAACUUCAGACUUCAGACUGCUGAGCACUGGCUGCAGCACAUCAUCAUCAUCGUCACCGUCAUCAUCAACAUCACCUCCGACUCAUCACCCUUGGUAGAUGUUCUCCCUCUUCAAGACCACUCGUCUUUUGCCAACUUUGGCUCGUCCCACAAACAACCUUGCCCGAGCAUUCUCCAUCUCAUCCGCCAGAAUGGGCCUCACGCAAGACCAAAUCAACAUCGUCAAGUCGACGGCGCCCGUGCUCAAGGUGCACGGCGAGACCAUCACGACCCUCUUCUACAAGGACAUGAUUGACACCCAUCCCGAACUCAAGAACAUCUUCAGUCUUCGCAACCAGGCCUCUGGUGAGCAGCCCCGGGCACUCGCCCAGUCUGUUCUCGCCUAUGCCACGUAUAUCGACGAUUUGCCCAAGCUCAAAGCCGCUGUUGAGCGUAUCGCCCAUAAGCAUGCAUCGCUGUACAUUCGCCCUGAGCACUACGACAUUGUCGGCCACCACCUUAUGAAGGCAAUCGGGGAAGUCCUGGGCGACGCACUCACACCUGAGAUCGCCGAGGCUUGGACACUAGCAUACGGGCAGCUUGCGCAGGUUUUCAUCGGCCGCGAGAAGGAGAUGUACCAAGAAGCAGGCACCUGGACAAAUUGGCGCAAGUUCAAGAUCAUCCGCCGCAUCGACGAGUCCGACUCCGUCACCAGCUUCUACCUCGCACCAUCAGACGGCAAGCUGCCCCUGCCCAAGUACCUACCGGGCCAGUACAUCUCCGUGCAGGUCCCAGUACCGCAACUCGGCGGCAUCACUCAGCCCAGACAAUACAGUCUCAGCGACGCGGCGACACAAGGAGAGUACUACCGUAUCAGUGUCAAGCGUGAGGCGACAGUGGUGGACGCGCCGGAAGAUGACCUGAAGAAGGGCCUUGUCCCCGGCCUCAUUUCCAACCUCUUGCACGACGGCUACCAGGUCGGCGACGAGAUCGAUGUGUCGCACCCGCAAGGAGACUUCUUCCUGGAUGCGAAAGAAUCCGAAAAGGCGGACGUUCCGUUGGUGCUUCUAUCGGCAGGUGUCGGUGCAACGCCGCUCAUGUCGAUCCUCAACACGGUGCUGAGCCCGGAGUCCAAGACGCCGAACCGGCCGAUCAAGUGGGUGCACGCGGCACGCAACAGCAGCAACUUGGUAUUUGCCAAGCACAUCCGGAACCUGACACGGGAGCGAGAGAACGUCAGCGCGCAUAUCUUCCUCAAUGAGGUCAAGCCAGGAGACGAGAAGGGGCAGGAGUACGAUUACGAGCAGCACCUCGACCUGAAGCAAUUGCCGGAAGAAGAGCUCGGUCUCGCCGACAAGAGAACCGAGUACUACGUCUGCGGGCCGAGGGAUUGGAUGCUCAAGGUGAGACUUGUGUUGGAAGGUUUGGGCGUCGAGAGGGAGAGAGUGAAGCUGGAGCUAUUCGCAACUGGUGACGUCGAGCAGUAGUCAGUCAUCAGUAGUUAUUUGAGUAUCAGGUUAGACAGGGCUGAGAGAGAGGGAGAAAAGAAAGAAAGAAAGAAAGAAAAAGAUUUGGCUGGGAUCUUGCGAAGGGAUGAUUAGGCGGGGCGAAAGUUUUGGUAUCGAACUGAAAGAGGUUCUUUUCCUCGCGCACCUUGCUUGAAUUGUAAUUGUAUUGAUAGAUAGAUACCUCUCUGAAAUUUUCAACAUUUUUGUCAUUGUGAACGGCAAGAUGUGUGUCGAGAGUUCGUUACUUUUUUGCCUUGUGUCCUUUUUUCGUGACUUGGUCCUCCCUCGGCCGUGCGAGUCCAAGUUUUUCUUUUUCCCAGCUGCGCUGUUUCGAGGCGAUGGGUUUUGCAAAAGUUUUCUGACGUGUAGAAUUUGACACGAUCUUGCGCACAGGCUGAAAAAUGAGGCUUCUAGACGCCAAGUCGAAUCUUGGGCUGUAGCAAGUUGAUGAGAUUCAGAGAAUGAAGUUGAUAUUGGCAUCGAACAACAAGCGUUAUUGAUAAUACGCCUUCUAUCGGCUAGGCGCUGGAUCGAAUCGGGACGGUCCGCUGGUGAACCAGAGUUUGAGAUUCUGAACUUGGGCGUUACGGUGUAGCAGCCAAGCGACUCGUUCGUGUCAUUGCUAUAAUGCGUCAAGUAAGCAGCCCGCCGUUGGGAUGAAGCCUUCGUCUAUGGUUCAUAGGUUAAGGCGGAAGGGUGUGCGGACGAGGCUCGCGGCGUUCACGAAGGGAAGACUGGACGAGACCAGAAAAAAUGGGUUGGGUGACACAGAGAAAGGUCGUAUUCCCGGUACACUUUGCUUUUUCUCAGCACAGAUAAGUGACGAGUAACUUGGCUCUGGCGCCCAAGUUGUGCAUCGUGACGAUGGAUGCUAGGACCAGGCGUCGAGACACGGCUUGCAGGCGGGAUGGCUCCCCGAGCGGGAGCUUGCGCGGGAGCGGGUGCGAUCCGGGAGGGCAGCUGAUGGGAUUGGGACCAGCAGGGAGGCGGAAUCAUGGCUUUGGGUCCGUCGAUCUGCGAUGCAGCGACCUAACGAUCCAGCAGCUAGCCAUGGAGCAUCGGAUCGACAUGGAUAGUCAGGAGGAGGCCAGCUGCAUAUUCCCCGUUCAUCAGGGUCCGCCUUGAUGGGAUUUCGGAUCCAAUGUGAGAUGCGAUGAACGUCAGCGCAGGGGUGGGAGGGGUGUAGAAGAAGAUAUACUCAGCAAGGUACGCUGAAAAGCUAGUCUACUCGACGGU